AUGGCAGGUCUUGCUCGCUUUGCUCCACAUUUAUCCACUUCUCUUUGUCGUAGCCAGAAUAUUUCGGCUCUUUCAGCAGUUGUGAGAACACAUGCUACAGAAGCUCCCAAAACUGAAAAAAAAACCUACGGACCACUCAAGGAUGAGGAUAGAAUUUUCACCAACCUCUACGGCCGCUAUGACUUUAAACUUAAAGGAGCUAAGGCCAGGGGUGCUUGGUAUAAAACGAAAGAAAUCAUUCUCAAGGGACAUGAAUGGAUUCUAAAAGAGAUCACUGUCUCAGGGCUGAGAGGGAGAGGUGGCGCUGGCUUUCCUACAGGCAUGAAAUGGGGGUUUAUGAACAAGCCUUUUGAUGGCAGGCCGAAGUAUUUGGUAGUAAAUGCCGAUGAGGGAGAGCCAGGAACUUGCAAGGACAGAGAGAUCAUGAGACAUGACCCACAUAAACUGGUCGAGGGGUGUCUGGUUGCCGGUGUGUCCAUGCAUGCUAGAGCAGCUUACAUCUACAUCAGAGGGGAAUUCUACAAUGAAGCCUCCAACCUUCAAGUAGCAAUCAACGAGGCUUACAAGGAGGGACUUAUUGGCAAGAACGCUUGUGGAUCUGGUUAUGAUUUUGAUGUGUUUGUUCACAGAGGAGCAGGGGCAUACAUUUGUGGAGAGGAAACGGCUCUUAUUGAGUCAAUUGAGGGCAAGCAGGGAAAGCCUCGCCUGAAGCCCCCUUUCCCAGCUGAUGUAGGCUUGUUUGGCUGCCCAACCACUGUGUCAAAUGUUGAGACUGUUGCUGUAGCUCCUGACAUCUGCCGCCGCGGUGGCACUUGGUUUGCCAGCUUUGGCCGAGACCGGAAUCGUGGAACUAAGCUGUUCAACAUUUCUGGACAUGUGAAUAAUCCUACCACCGUGGAGGAGGAGAUGUCCAUCCCCCUGAAAGAGUUGAUUAACCGCCACGCCGGUGGUGUCAUCGGAGGCUGGGAGAACUUGCUGGCGGUUAUUCCUGGAGGAUCUUCAACACCCUUGAUUCCUAAGUCUGUGUGUGAAGACGUCAUGAUGGACUUUGAUGACCUGAUCCGAGUGCAGACUGGUCUGGGCACCGCAGCCAUCAUUGUGAUGAACAACCAGGCUGAUAUUGUCCGUUGUAUUGCCAGGCUGAUUGACUUCUACAAGCAUGAGAGCUGUGGCCAGUGCACUCCAUGUCGUGAGGGAAUUAACUGGAUGAUGAAGAUCAUGCACAGAUUCCAAAGCGGUAAUGCACGUAGAGAUGAGAUUGACAUGUUAUACGAGCUAAGCAAACAGAUUGAAGGACACACAAUUUGUGCUCUGGGUGAUGGUGCUGCCUGGCCAGUGCAAGGUCUUAUUCGUCACUUCAGACCUGAACUGGAAAGGAGGAUGAAUGAGUAUGAAAAAGUGGCAAGAAAGAAUUGA